AUGAGCCUGUAUGGAAGGAGGGUAACCUUGCCUGUGAUUACUCCAAUUGUCCUGCAGAAACGGGUAGUUAAAGUAUAUAGUGAGGAUGACACAUGCAGAACUUUGGAAGUACCAAGUGAUAUAACAGCAAGAGACCUGUGCCAGUUGCUCAUACUGAAGAAUCAUUAUGUUGACGAUCACAGCUGGACUUUAUUUGAAAACCUCCCUUGCUUAGGUUUAGAAAGAAUAAUAGAAGACCAUGAAGUGGUGAUUGAGGUUCAGUCAAAAUGGGGAAUUGAAGAAGGCAAUAGACUUUAUUUUAGAAAAAAUUAUGCUAAAUAUGAAUUCUUCAAAAACCCUGUGAAUUUUUUCCCAGAACACCUGGCAUCCUUCUCCAAUGAGAUCAAUGAAGCAAUGAGCCAUACGGAGAUUCUGCAGAUGUUUUUAAGUGCCAGUGGUUAUCCUGAAAUCCACAGUUAUUUAUAUGCUAAAGAACAAGGGAAAAAAACCUGGAAAAAGAUGUACUUUUUGUUGCGAAGAUCUGGUCUGUAUUUUUCCACCAAGGGGAUGUCGAAGGAGCCAAGACACCUGCAGCUUUUCAGUGAAUUCAGCAGUAGUGAUGUGUAUAUGUCUUUGACAGGCAAAAAGAUAUCUGGAGCUCUAGUCAGCUAUGGGUUCUGCUUUAAGCCUCACAAAGCAGGAGCCGCCAGAGACCUGAAACAACUUUAUGCAGACAGCGAGCAAAUUAGGACCUGCUGGAUAACAGCAAUUCGUUUGCUGAAGUAUGGAAUGCAGCUGUACCAGAAUUACAUGCAACCUUAUCAUGGUAGAGGUGGUUGUGGUUCUCUUAACACACCUAUGCGAAGCAUUUCAGAGAAUUCUCUUGUGGCCAUGGACUUCACAGGACAUAAAUCCAGAGUUAUUGAAAACCCCUCAGAAGCUCUAUCAGUUGCAGUUGAAGAAGGAUUAGCAUGGCGGAAAAAAGGCUGUUUACGGCUCUGUAGUCCCUCCACUUUGCAAAAUGUCCCGUCAAAUAUGGCCAUACACAGUUCGCAGCCAUGGUUUCACCGUAAGAUCUCUAGAGAUGAGGCUCAUCAACUGAUUUUGCGGCAAGGAUUGGUGGAUGGAGUUUUCUUGGUACGGGAUAGCCAGAGUAACCCCAAAACCUUUGUACUGUCCUUGAGUCAUGGAUUAAAAAUAAAGCACUUCCAGAUUGUGCCAUUGGAUGAGGAAGGCAAACUGUUUUAUACUUUGGAUGAUGGUCACACCAGGUUUUCUGAUCUCAUUCAACUAGUAGAGUUCUACCAGCUCAAUAAAGGCAUACUUCCUUGCAGGUUAAAACAUUAUUGCGUCCAGAUUGCGCUUUAA